GCACCGUCCAUCUAGAGGACGCACACGCACAUGCACGUUGAAGAGCUCGCGUUGACACCCAGAGACGAAAUCACAAAUUAAAACGUGCCCCCGUGCCUCCGCGUCUUAGACCAAUCACUUUUUACAUCCAACAUUGAGACGCUUUCACUUUUUUUGCAUUGCGAAGCUCAAGUUUUGUUUUCAGAGUUUUCGUUGCGGGGCAGAAAGACGCCCUUGCGCGGAACACCUCCAACUCCAACAAGUUUUCUAGCCAGACCUUCUGACGCCAGGCCAUUAGCAUUACUUUCGCUAGCUUGACCUCGUUGUCUCACUUUUUGAACGAACGCGAGCACUUGAAGAAGUAUCGACUGCGUACUUUGGGUGGAGCUGCAACUCUAAAUCAGUAGAUACAGAUCGAUACUAGUUUACUAAGCCACAUUGCUGUCAAUAUGGGCGACGGGAAGAAAAAGCGAAAGGAGGACGACAGUUCCUCUGACGAGGACGGCAGCCAGAGCGACAACGAGAAUGAAAGCCGUGCCGACGUGGAAAAGAAUAAGAGCGACGAAAAUGGCGAGGAGAAAUCUUCCAAGAAGAGUAAGAAGGACAAGAAGGUGAAGAAAAAAGACAAGAAAACAAAGAAAAAAGACAAGAAGUCGCGCAAGCACAAGCAGCGACAGAAGGGGUCGGAUGACGACAGUUCCGAUAAUUCCGAUAGUGACGCCAAGGCCAAUAACUCAUCGGACGACAAUGACAGCAGCAGUUCUGAGGACAAAAAGAAAAAGAAGAAAAAAAAGAAGAAGAAAGCUAAAAAGGAACAUCAAGAAAAGCCAAAGCACCACCACGACGACGCACUGAUGGAACUCGUGGCGCCGAAGAAGAUCGAGAAGCUGGUGCGCGCAGCGGCGACGUACUACUUGGAUGUUCCAAAUAUGAAGCGGUUACUCCACUACCUCCUUACCAACGGACAGGAAGAGUUGGAAGAUCAGGGCUACGAGAAGGAAACGCCGAAGAUCUUGGACCGCAUCGUGUCCGACCUGAAGUCUCUGUUCACAGCGAUCGACGACGGGCAGAGUGUGAGCCUAGAUGGGUUGACGAAUCCCGCAAAGAAGAAGAAGCUCCGCCAUCUUUUCCAGGGUCUGAAAAUGACGCAGGGCAACGACGAGCCGGGCAUGCAGACGCACCAGGGUGCGAACCGGACGAAGGGCGGCUGGGAGCGGCAUCUGAUCGCAGAAACGUACAUGUACUGGGACCACCUGGUCGGGCCCUGCGUCGGGGAAAUCGCGGUCGGAUUAAGGAAACAAUACAAGGAGAAAGAGGAGAAGAAACGCGAAGAACUGAAGAAGAUCGUGAAGAGUCCGAGAAGUUCGCCCACAAACGCAAACCCACCUCCGGGGCAAGCGUUGCUCCUUUCUGCGGCGUCCUCAACGGGCAGUGCAGUGGCUGGUGACGGUCAACUGCAAGAACAUGAGCAUGACACAGCUGCUCAAGCUGAGCAGAACGCCACCGCGAGCAGCGCCGCGGCGAAGGCCAGCGGGAUUGGGCCGGCGAGGCCGCCGUCGGAUAUGGUGAUUUCUCGGAAGAAACCGAAGGAGGACAACAAAAACGAGCCCGACCAGCCCGCCUGGCUUGCGGGUGCGGACAUGUCCGACGCGCUCGCCGGAUUAUUUGGCGGCAGUCGCCAGGAGAAGAAGGACGCGUUUGAGAUCGAGCGAACUCAGGGCGAGCUCGACGCGUUCGAGAAGGCCUACAGCGGCCAGCAGAAGUCGCUCUUCGACCAGGUUCGGGACGGCACCUCGGGCGCGGACAGUUUGAAGCGCGGACGGGAGCUGGCGGAAAAGCGCAUGAAGGGCGACGGCGACCUCUGGGGGGCGGGAAAGCACGAGCAGGAGAUGAUCAAUGCGAGGGAAGGCGAGGUAGUUGUGAAGACGCGAAAAUUGUUCGACCCGACCACGGAUUUGGACACCAAAAAGCAGAUCGACGCGAAAACCUUCUCGAAAAUGAUGGAGGGCGACGGCGCACUCAAGGGCAAGUUCGGACGCUCGCAAAUCUCGAGCAGCUUCUUGUAGUUGAAUGAAAUUGAUAUGCAGCUUGUACCUGCUCUCAAAUCACUAUCACACGAACAGGAAGAACUACGACCAUGGUUGAGCCGACCGAUUUCUUCUGUGCACGCUUUGAUGCAAUGUAGGCUUAAAUCAUAUCAAUCAUCGCGACAUAAGUACGAGAACGCACAGGCCACGCCAAGUAGGUAAAGCAGCUGCUGCUGGUUUUCGAC